AUGUAUUUUGCUGAAUGCAUACAACCCUCCUGGUAUAAACUCUCUACAUAUGUUCGACUAUUGCAAAACUGUAUUGCCAGGAAAGCACUUUUAGAGGGUAAGCAAGUCCAUUCUCACAUCAAUCAGAAUCUCUGGGGAUUCACGCCUGAAACGCUCAUAGUUUUGAAGAAUACACUUAUCAACAUGUACGAUAAGUGUGGAAGUUUGGUGGAUGCUCGCAGGGUUUUUGAUCACAUAUCUCAACCAGAUGUCUGUUCAUGGAAUAUGAUAAUUGCAGCUUAUCGAAGACAUGGACUUCCACAGCAAGCAUUUACACUGUUUCACCAAAUGCAACGAACUGUCCAACCUAAUCAAUUUACGUUCUCAUGCAUUCUCCCUGUAUGUGCCAGCGUGGCAUCUCUGAAACAUGGUUUGCAGAUCCAUGCGAAAAUCAUUAGAUGUAGUCAACCUGACGUCAUUGUUAUUAGUACUCUGAUAGAUAUGUAUGCCAAAUGUGGGAGUAUACAGAAUGCCCGCGAACUGUUUGACAAUAUGCCUCAUCGAGAUGUGGUCUCAUGGAAUUCGAUUAUUGCUGGAUAUGUACAAAAUGGUUUCCUUAACGAGGGUUUAAGGCUUUUCAAGGAUAUGCCUCAACAAAAUGUGGUUUCAUGGACUUCAAUUAUUGCUGGAUAUGCACAAAAUGGGCAUGUCGAGAAAACCUUUGAGAUUUUUAAGCAAAUGCAAUUUGCAGGUGUUAAGCCAAACUCUUCAACCUUUGCCAGCAUUCUUCCAGCUUGUGCUCAACUUGGUGCUUUGGAACAGGGUAUGGAGAUCCACAAAUCAAUGGUUGAAAGUGGGCUUGUGUCAGAUGUCGUGGUUGUGACUGCCCUGAUUGACAUGUAUGCAAAAUGUAGGAAAAUGCUGAAGGCGUGCCAUCUAUUUGACAAAAUGGCUGAACGAAAUGAGGUCUCUUGGAAUACAAUGAUUACGGGAUAUGCUCAAAAUGGCAUUCUUGAUGAGGCAGUAAGAGUUUUCAAAGAAAUGCCUCAACCAACUGUGGUUUCAUGGACUGCAAUCGUUGCUGGUUAUGCACAAAAUGGCCUUGCUGAAAAAGGUUUGGAUUUUUUUAAGCAAAUGCAAUUGACAAAUCUAAAGCUAGACUCGUCGGCCUUUGCCAGCGUCCUCCCAGCUUGUGCGAAGCUUGGAACCUUAGCACAGGGUGUAAACCCAGGCAUCUCAACCUUUGCUAGCAUCCUCCCGGCUUGUGCAAAACUUGGAACUUUAGAGCAGGGUAUGGAAAUUCACCAAAUAAUAAUCAAAUGUGGGUUUUUGUCAGAAGUAGUUUCGACCGCCCUAACACACAUGUAUGCCAAAUGUGGAAGCAUACAGAAGGCACACAAGUUGUUUGACAAUAUGCAUCACCCCGAUGCAAUCGCAUGGAAUGCAAUGAUUGCGGGAUAUGCAAUCAAUGGUUAUAGUGAGGAUUCCCUCAGAAAAUUCGAACUAAUGAGACAGUCUGGAAUUAAUCCCAGCCCUGUAAGCUUUGUUUGUGUUCUAUUUGCCUGCAGCCAUGCAGGACUAUUAGAUGAUGGCUGUAAAUAUUUCAAUAGCAUGAGCAAUUCCUAUUGCGUAAUACCCAUAAUGGAUCAUUAUGCAUGCAUGGUUGACCUACUUGGCCGCGCUGGCCAUUUGGAGGAUGCCCUAAACUUUAUCAUCAAAAUGCCAAUAAAACCUGAUGUGGUUGUGUGGAUGUGUUUUCUUGGUGCUUGUAGAUCACAUAAAAAUAUAGAGUUAGGAGAGUUCGUUGGGACACUCCUUUUUGAGUUGGAUCCUAAACAUUCUCAGCCUUAUGUACUUCUGUCCAACAUAUAUGCAGAAUUGGGCAGGUGGAGUGACAUUCAAAAGGUGAGGAAAUUGUUGAAAGUGAAAGGAAUUAGAAAGAUACCUGGAUGUAGUUGGAUUGAAGUCCAUAAAAUCAUACAUGCUUUUCAUGUAGGAGACAGAUCACACCCACAAACACAAGAAAUCUAUGCAGAGUUGGAGAAAUUGUUGUGGAAGAUGAAAGCAGUAGGGUAUAUUGCAGAUACAAGACCUGUAUUAAAUGACGUGGAGGAGGAGGAGAAGGAAUUACUCCUCUCCCAUCAUAGUGAGAAGUUGGCAAUUGCAUUUGGUUUGUUAAACACGUCCCCUGCAACAACUAUUAGAGUUGUCAAGAACCUUCGAGAAGCUUAUAGAGCUCUGGAUGUAAACGGUAGAGGAGGAGCCAGAAGAAUGGGCAAUUCGAAUGGAGAGGUAUACUAA